CCAAAUUGGGGCACUCGGUCAAUUUCGGCCGGUCGCCGAUGUGGAGACCCCGUUUCCGGGGAUGGGGCCCCGGAAGUUUGCCCAAAACUCCGGCCAAAACUCCGGCCCAUUCGCCGGAAGUUUGCACCGCCAGUUCGAACGAGCCAACCCCAGUCGACCCCGAACUUCCAAAACUCCGGCCAGCGAGCACAGUCCAAUGCUGACCGAACUCGCAGCUCCCGCUAUGGCGCGAGCGCGCCCCGCUUUAUUUCCUUUGCCUUACGGAGCCUCGUUACUCUCCGGAAGCUCCUGCGCCUCUCGUGACCCUUCAUAUUAUUUAUCGGCUCGGCCCUGGCAACUUGGCGCCAUCGGCGAUAGAGGGCUGCGCGAAGACCCGCCACAGCAGCAGGUGCGCAUCGGCUAUGCUAUCCGCGCGGUGUGGCGUCGCAUUGAGUCUGUGUGGUGCUAUCGCCUUGGCCGGGCGCCCGGAGCGUGAGGAAUGCGCGUCAGCAAAACAUCGACACAACCUGCCAGCUACCGUCGGUACAGUAACAGCGCGUGAACGACGCACCAAUGCCUUGUCCCUUCUUGCUACGCAUUUAUGUGGGCACGGGGGCAAGUGCAGGGGCGGGACGUCAACUCUGCAACCAACAUCCGGCACGCGCUGGUGGAGAUGCUGCUUGGAAACGUGCGGCCCGCAUCACUACAGCCUGGCGGCGGUGGCGGCGGCGGCGGCGGCCCAGCAGCGGCCCAGCAGCGACACAGCGACAGCGGCACGUGUGCGCAUGUUGGUAGCGGAGGGGACGGGAACGGCCACGUGGAGGAGAGCGCAGCGUCGCCCAAAACUUGGCGCAAGCGCGCAGGCUGAGGGGCUGGCCGCCGGUGUCUAGCUAGGUAGCAGGCCACAAUGGGGUGAGCAGGGUAUGCUUGGCAGGGGGCAGCAGCAGCAUGACAAGUAGUGCGGCUUUUGUCAAUUGUGUGGUGUCCUGGCUGGCUCUGCAGUGGCGGUGUGGCUGCUGAGCACCUGGUUUGGCUAUGUGCCUGUACAGACCGACCCCGGCUAUGUCCGGGUGAUGAGGACGUUCGGCCUCAGAGAGUGGA